AUGACUCCAUGUUCCUCGUUCAUCCCACCCCGGACGGCAGGGGAUUUCGGAUAUAUCUCCUCCGACGUUGACGUUGGAGGAUCGGAUUCGAACGACUCUGAUGGUUCGGACGACGACCAUGAGCAGCUCUCUGAAUUUGUAAUUUACGAGAUCUAUCCUGCCGAUGACCACGCGAAGCUUGAACGAAUCGCAGAGCUGCAGAAUCAUUCUCGGCACUCAUCGUUCUCACCAAUAGCGCCGCUAUUCAGUAUCUCAUUCCCAGACACUGACCUGCUAGGGUUCGGCUCAUACUGCGAAGGGCCGUGCGAUUGGUACUCUGGACUUGCUCAACCCCUCUUGUUUGACAUAGUAGACACGUCCUUCCCCGACACAAUAGCCAGAUACAAGAUCCUAUUGGACGACGACCUGACCAAGGUGGAACUCGUCCGGCUCUCGACAACUUAUUUUCCGCUCGGGGACGGUGUCUUUGAGCCGUAUCGCUUCUGUGAGGGGACGCUGGUGGCAUGGUGGAGCAACAACCGAGACCGCGUCAGGGGGAUCCGCACUAGUUCGUCCACACCUGGUGAAGCGACCGAUCCCACUUUCGUAUCCAAGACGUACACAUUAUGUCCUACGGACCAACAAAUGAUUGCCGACUCCAGUUUCUGCCCUAUCUCACUCCCUGUCCUGAAACUGAGGUCUCUAGUACCACGCCUAUUAGACGUGGAAACCGCCUCGUUGAGCGUGCCUCCAUAA